UUGGGGAGGAGGUUAUACGGAUUUGAUAGAGGAGAGAGAAUUGUAUGAUGGUUAGAGAUCCGUUUUGGAUGGAGAUGAGUUUGAAGCGAAAUUUAGAGGUUUUUGUGAUCAUUAUUAUAUAUGGAAUUUUUCUUAAUAGUAUUUUGUUCGAUAUGAGCUCUAUUUUUCAGGAAUAUAGGAGAGGAUCAUGGUUAGUAAAUUUUGUUAUACUAUUGAUUAAAACUCUAUGAAAACCUUUAUAAUUAAAGAAAAUUAACAUUUCUAUGAACAAGAAUACUUCUAAGAAUUAAUACUUCUCCACUUAGCCCCUCCCAAUGACAACCUCUUCACCCAAAUCUCUCUCCCACUCUAAAUCCCCCUCCUAAAUUCAGAAAUUUACUUGAAAAUCUCACCUAGGCUAAAACUGGAAAUCUGUAGUGUAAAACUCCAGUUUCAGAACAUUUCUUAGAAGCCACUGGGAUUUUAGGGUUCUACGCUUGGUGAUUUUAGGGAUGAAGAAGGGACAAUAGGGGGGUUUGGGAGAAAUUUGAAGGAACAGAAGGGGGUAACUUUAUGUAGUGGAAAAAUGGGGCAGAUUACGAGACAAGUGAAUAUCUGUACGGAUAUACCUAUCUCGCAGGACUCAAACUCUGAUAAUUCGUAUGUCAGUGGGGAAACAGAUGAUAGUUCACAGAAUGUAGCCACUCAGACGGAUAUUGAGACUUUCUGAUGAAUAUGAGGUGGUCUCCAGAGCCAGCUAGCUGAGACCAUCUCCAUUACUGAUGAAAUGAACAACAUUCAGCCUAAAUCCGGCUCUAUUGAGAACCUUGCUUCUAAUGGAGAGAGCAAUUAUGAAAGAAUCGGCACAGGCAAAUUUGGAAUCCUUCCCAGACCUCCAACUAAGGAACCUGGAUUUGGAUCACCUGAAAAUUUCCUUCAAAAGCCUGCUAACAAUGCCAUAUAUUCGUACCCGGCCUCUACAGAUAUGAACUACAUGACUAAGAUAAAGAAGGGGAACACAAUUGAUCCAGAUAAUAACCCUUCGGCCAAGAUCCAAAAUGAUUUGAAAAUCAUAAUAAAUAACAGAAGAAAAUCUGAGAUGCCUUUACUGAGAAAAAUCACUGAGGAGAUACCAGAAAGGGAGUCAGGAUUUUUAAACCUUCCUGAGAAACAGAACAUGGUUCACAAUCAGAAUGAGCUAGUCAGUUUGAUCAGCUUCGGAGAAGGCAAGAAAGGAGGGCCUCACGACUUUGGGACAAACAUUAGCAGACAAUCUUCAAAGAUUAAGUACAAAUAGCCGUAUGGGCACUCCUAUCUACCUUGAUACCAAUGAUCAUUAUCAGAAUUUGUCCAGAGCAGACUCUUUCCAAACAGAGCUCAGUGGGAGUAGAGUAUCCUCUAGCGAUGCUUCUGGAAUUAAAGGUAUUGAUGAAAAAGAUAAGAAGCGGAAGAAAAAGUAUCACUCAAGAAAAAGAGCAAGAGAUAAGAGUUAUUCAAAUUCUUCAAGGUCCAGUGACGGAAACAAUCUCCACUUGCCAAGUUUGAAUAUUCCGAAGAAGAGGGAUUUAAUGGAAAAGAGAAACUCUUUAUCAAAAUUUACUUCUCAAAGCGUCUCCAAAUUGCAAAAUAAGAACGUAAAUUUCCAGACUGCAAUGUCUUUGAAAGGAACUCAUAAACAAACAAUGAACAACUUGAUUAAGAAGAAAUCUUCUCUGUUCGUAAAAUCUCCUAACCAGAGAAAGCUGUUUUCAAAAUCUUCUAAAGAGCAAGACUCCUUCAAGGCAUAUGAAAAAGUCUCAAUUACUUCCAAAAAGAAAACCAUUGUGAGGAUAAAGAAAAAGAUUAUUAAUAACUCUAAAAUGACAAAAUCAUAUGACAGCAAAGAAUUCAAGAGUCAGAAAUAAGGUCAAAAAUCCAUUGGCUCAAAGCAUGAAGAACAACAAUUUACUAUCAUUUGCUCUGCAUAAGACUCAAGAGAUGGCCAAGAAGCAAAACAAAAAAUUAGAAGAGUCCAAGGAUGGGUCGAAUACUAGUAAGAGGAACAUCAAAGUGUACAAGUUUGGAAAUAAUAAAAGCAAUCUUAAGAAAGUGAUCCAAAAACGCAAGAAUGAGAAAAGACAUUUUAGUAAAGAGGACAAGGUGAAAAUGAUGAAGAAUAAAUCCCUAGCUCAAAGCCAGGAUGUUGACGUGAUGGGAAACAACAACAUAACGAUUCAGCAAGAUUUAUUAGAUGCACCAGAUACUGAGAAUAAUAAAAGAAAGGAAAAUCACCGAAAUAUCUUCUAUGAGCAAAGAAAGCCCAUACAGCAUUACUCUUCAGAUCAUAGAAUUAAUUAUGUCGAUCUGGAUAAAGAAGAAGGGCGGGAUACAACUCCAAUGUCUCGUAAGUCUCUUAUUUUAUACGGCCUCUAACAUUGUGUUCUAGGUAACCGAGGUGAGUACAAAAGAAAUUAGA